AUGUCUUCCUUCACGAUCAAAGCAUCGCCUGACACCGAUAUUUGGAGGAAGCCGCCUUCAACAGACGUGUUCACUGCCCCUCGAGGUGCUGAUGCUGGCAGCAAGACCACAGCGCCAUUGUCGUCCUUCAAGUCGGCCCGUGUGUCUUUCCUGCUCUACCCCAAGGAGCAGUACGAUCAAGCCGGCCUCGUGCUGUCCUUCAAGUCCUCAGGGGCAAGUGGUCCUCUAUCCGGCGACUCCCCUCCCAAGUGGCUCAAGACAGGCGUCGAGUAUUACAACGGCGUGCCCAAGGCUGCGACUGUAGCUUGUGACUCAUGGGCUGACUGGAGUCUCGCCGACGUCGUCAAAGGCAAGGAGGGUGACUGGGUCACGGUGCUUGUGGAGAACGGGCAAGACGUCCUCGGGAAGAGCUUCUGGAUCUACCAGGUCGUAGACGGGGAGAAGGUCCCAUUGAGGGAGGUGUGUUGGGUGUUCGGCCACGGCGACCCAGAGAAGUGGGAGAUCAGUGUUGAAGCGUAUGCCUGCCGGCCAGCCAAGGAAGCCGGAGAUCUUGUGGUUGAGUUCAAGGAUUUCGAUGUGCAGUGGACCUAG